CCAGAAGUAGUGUUUUACAAGAACCUGCCGAUGCCUCACAGAAACCCAAAGCAACAAACUUCAGAAACGACCAAAGAAACCCAACUUUCCAUACAGCGUUGCUUGGAAAAGAAGAGGCCGAAUGGUGUGGAAUUGAAGAUUUUGAUGCAGGUGACGCCGUGCAGACAGCUUCUUUGCAACGGGAAAAAGAGCCUCUCUAUUUCACAGCUGUGAUCUCACCACCGCUUCAGAUUCAUACAUUUCCCGAUCAGGAGGCGGGGAGUCAUCUGACGUCUCUCAUUUGUACGUUCCUCACGCUGAAAUACAGAGCAUGAUCCCUGACAUCCUACCCGCAGUUGCCCAGAUGGAAAAAAAGGCCAAAAUCAAAGGACCACCACCACCUGUUCCAAAGAAACCAAAGAAUCCCUUUAAAAAAGCCUCUGGCCGCAAGGAAUCUGCUCCUCAUUCCACAGACGAGCCAAGCAAAUACUCUGACCUACUGCUCAAAAAUAUUAAAAUGGGAAGAAUGCAGGCAGCACUGCAGCCCGUUGAGGAUUUUAACACGCAUGUAUCAUGUCUUGAUAUGUCACCUUAUUGUAUGGAGUCCCCCUUCUACAUGUGCAUGUCCUUAGAGCCCGAGGCUGCUGAUAUUCCAAGAUAUUGUUUAGUCCCGUAUGAUGAAACUGUUGCACCUGACUGCGAUGACUUGAUAGAAACUGUCGAUGAUGAAGAACUAAAAGAAAUGGAUAUGACACAGCUGAGGCCGUUGUUAAAAAGAAAGGCAAAAAUGAAGGGCCCACCGCCACCUGUGCCGAAGAAGCCUCAAAAUCCAUUCGCUAACACAGACACCGAGAAGAACAAAGCAAGCAAAGACUCCGAUCUGGAAAACGCGGAACUGACUUUGAAAUCCGGUAGACGUGACUCUGAAUGCUACCUGAUGGACGUGGACGAUGAAGACGACUCUAAACCAACCGCAGACCCAACUAGAUAUCCUCACGGUUCUUCAGAUUCAGAGGAAAGCGAACUGUCCAGAUACAGACCCGUCUCUGAGCUCAUCAACAAAACCCAGGAGAAAGUGAUACAUCACAGCAGGACAAACGUAACGAAAGCCAGGCCAGAUGUGACUGUGGGAAGCCAGAGCCUAAAAGUAUCGCAGAUGAAGACAGCCUUUGAUGUACAAACAUCUUCCCAUAAGAUGGAAAGAAGAUCCUCGCCAAAGAAAGAAAUGAUCAGACGAGUGGUACGACAGAGCAAAUUCCGUCAUGUGUUUGGUCAGGCGGUGAAGAAUGACCAGUGCUAUGAUGACAUUAGGGUUUCGCGGGUUACCUGGGACAGUGCCUUUUGUGCAGUAAACCCCAAAUUUGUUGCAAUUAUUGUGGAGGCUAGCGGGGGCGGAGCUUUCCUCGUUCUGCCUCUGCAAAAGACGGGUCGUAUUGACAAGGCCUACCCCACUGUUUGUGGUCACACGGGCCCUGUGCUGGACAUCGACUGGUGCCCGCACAAUGAUCACGUCAUUGCCAGCGGCUCUGAAGAUUGUACAGUAAUGGUGUGGCAGAUCCCUGAGAACGGCCUCACCGCACCUCUUUCUGAGCCAGUCGUGGUGUUAGAGGGUCAUUCCAAGAGGGUGGGCAUCGUGACGUGGCAUCCAACAGCCCGCAAUGUUCUGCUGAGUGCAGGAUGCGAUAAUCUCAUCAUCAUUUGGAACGUGGGCACAGGAGAAGCUCUGAUCAACCUGGAGGACAUGCAUCCGGACGUGAUCUUCAGCGUCUGCUGGAGUCGCAACGGCAGCCUCAUUUGCACCGCGUGCAAGGAUAAGAAAGUGCGCGUUAUCGAUCCACGCAAGGGAAAGAUCACUGCGGAGAAGGAUAAGGCCCAUGAGGGGGCGCGACCCAUGAGAGCCAUCUUUCUGGCUGAUGGAAACGUCUUCACCACCGGUUUCAGUCGUAUGAGUGAACGGCAGCUAGCCUUAUGGAAUCCAAAAAACAUGGAGGACCCGAUAUCGGUGCAUGAAAUGGACACCAGCAAUGGAGUGUUGCUUCCAUUCUAUGACCCUGACACUAAUGUGGUCUACCUGUGUGGAAAGGGUGACAGCAGUAUUCGUUACUUCGAGAUCACAGACGAGGCACCGUAUGUGCACUACCUCAACACGUUUUCCAGCAAGGAGCCCCAAAGAGGCAUGGGCUACAUGCCUAAAAGAGGCCUAGAUGUCAACAAGUGUGAGAUAGCCAGGUUUUAUAAACUUCACGAGAGAAAGUGUGAGCCAAUUAUCAUGACCGUUCCUAGAAAGUCAGACCUCUUUCAGGAUGACCUGUAUCCGGAUACAGCAGGUCCGGACCCAGCUCUCGAGGCAGAGGAGUGGUUUGAAGGCAAGAAUGGCGAACCGAUCCUGAUCUCGCUCAAACACGGUUACGUUCCGGGCAAAAACCGCGACCUCAAAGUAGUCAAGAAAAAUGUGCUGGAUAACAAGGCGACCAAGAAGGUGGAGGAGCCGGCGACUCCCCAGAAACCUGCCUCUCCUCAGCUAACCAGAAAGAAUGAAGUGAAGUUAGAGGAGCUGCUGCGAGAAGUCAAGUCCCUUAGAGAUCUGGUCACGCUGCAGGACAGGAGAAUCGCCAAACUGGAAGAGCAAGUGGCUAAAGUGGCAAUCUAAGACACUGGUGGUGGUCUGAGCCAUAGCGUCGGUAUGGAGAAAGAGAGAUGCAGUUGGGCAGGGGGGGUCAGUCACUGCCAAAAUUUCUCAAUUUGACUCAAUCAUUCCGCUUGGUGUUUCUCACGAGGACAACUUCAAGCAACAUUCCAAGAUGGACUUUUACGUUUUUUGUCAAGUCUCCCCCCAAGCAUUCGCAUAGCAGAAGCAAAGUUGUGGCAAUGAGUGGUCACUGGUUUUAACUGAUGUUUUACAUUUUGUUAAAAUUUUUCUUACUUCUUUUGUUAUUGUAACAUUGUUUCCAUGAGUAUCCUAAUAUUAACCGGUAUGUUACAGAGUGUCGUUGUAUAUACACAUCAGUAUUUCUCUUUCCUUUUUUUUGUUGUGCUGCCAAAUUUGAGGUGAAUCGUCGCCUCUCCUUUUAUUUCUACUUUUAUAUGUUUUUCCCAGUUGUAGAUAGUGGCUUAUUGAAAAACAAGACAUGCUGUUCAAAAGUGGGACAUCAGGCGGAACUGUGUGGAUGUGAUUGUAAAGGCAACUAAUCGUAGAUGAUAAGGAUGUGAUUUAGUGAAACGUUCAUAACCAUUAAAAUUCAGCAUUUAGGAUUCAUCGGGAUUUAAUUGGAAAAUCAGAUGUCCCUUGUGGUGAUCAUGAUAACUGGAGUAUUAAUUCAUUUCCUCCAUUGGCUGCUUUGAGAUUAUCACCAUUGAUUAUAAAGCAUCCAACAACAGGGUUUUUUCAAAAUAUAAUACAGUAUAAUACAGUAUAUCCAAAAGCAAUAACUUCAUGUUGCACAAUGAAUGUGAACGUAAACCUAAACCUGUUAGACUUCGGCAAGUAUCGUUGAAAAUGCAUUCCUCGUGCAUAUUCUUCAUAAAUCAAAAACCUACCGCUGUAACUUGAUAGUAAUUAUGAAAUUACUGUUGCACCUCAGGAAAUCAAUCACUCUGAAGUCAGAAACAUUGGAUGCUCAACACUUGCCAUUUGCAUGAGGUUUUUGCCACAGAAAUAAUACCUUAUUUUGAUUAGGAAAAGGCUAUUUUUUUGCUGUCAUUAUCCAUGUUCUCCAGUUUUACCCCGCUUUCGAAUUAUUCUCACGUUACAUAAUAUUGGGCUGACACAUGCUCUGAUAAGUGAACUUGGCUUCAAGAGGCAGUGGCUACCUGCGAGCUCUUCUGAUGUACAUGUACUGUAAAUGUAUUGGUGCCUCUAUGUGUGUUUCUGGUUUUAGACAGACCUCCUCAGUUGACCACUGCUGGAGGACAACAUCCAUGAAAAUGAGCACUUAUCUGUGUCCUAAACAGUCUUGUGCAUGCAUUCCAAACUUCACCUAAAAUAAAAAAGGUUGGCUCUACAAUAAAUCUUUUCAUUCAUAA